CUACAUACUACAAUAAAUAAUACAUUAUGUAGCGACACCUCAUCACAACAUAUAACGCUACAGUUAUGAGAAUAACCACCACGCUACAAAUCCUUGUAACUUUAUUCUGUUCACAGGAAAUUAAUAUAGCUCGUAAAUUUAUAGUUUCCGCGUGGUUUGUAUUACCUUUAGUCCAUUUGACGUUAUUCAGUCUGCUCUACGAUGGACUGCUACGCUUGUUGGAGCAGACCAAAGUUAUAUGUACCUACAUACAACUGAAACCGACCAAUUCUGUGCUAAUACAUAUGACACGAUUGUCAUCGGGCUUGGAUCAGCAGGCACCACUGCAGCGUCGACCCUCGCACGAGCUGGUCGAAGAGUGCUAGCGCUGGAGGCUCAGGAUCGAGUGGGGGGACGAGUCUACUCAGUGCCGUUUGGUGAUGGAAUUGUAGAGCUGGGUGCUGAAUGGAUUCAUGGAACAGUUGGUAGUAGAGUAUACGAGCUGGCCGUAGAGAGCAACAUUACUACUCUACCACAAUAUUUCAAAGCAGAGUUGUAUGCAUCGGAUGGUAGAGAUGUGAACAGCACUUUGUUGUUUGAGUUAAUUAGCUACGCAUAUAAAAUAAGGAAACAGCCGCCCUCGGAGGCUAUUCCACUGGGACAGUUCAUUACUGACAGAGUGCUGGAAUAUUUAAAAGAAACCCAUCCGUCUGUGGCCUCUGACGGAGAGUUUCUCAACCAAUACCUCCACUUUAUGGAAACGCUGGUGAAUCCUUACGAAGGUACCACGAGUUGGUACGAGAUCACAACAGAUCGCAGGUUCAAAGAGUUAGACGGCUAUUAUUACACAAGUUGGAACAAGUUCGGAUAUAGGACGUUUAUCCACAUUUUAUUGAAUAUAUACAAUAACGGCCCGGGUCUACCCACACUAGAUAUAAAGUUAAACACGGAGGUGACGGCAGUGUCCUGGUCGCAGGAUCUCACCCGGGGAGUGACGGUGACGACCAAGGAUGGUACCACCUACACGGCUGACAACGUUAUUGUUACCGUCUCACUCGGAGUACUCAAAGAACGUUAUGAAACUCUAUUCUCGCCACAGUUGAGUGAAGCCAAGAAAACGGCUAUAGAAAAACUGUCAAUGGGGGUAGUUGGUAAAGUUAUUUUAUUAUACAAAGAGCAAUGGUGGCCUAGCACCAGUAUUGGCUUAAUCUGGAGUCGUGAUGAUGAGAGAAAAUUGUCUGAUGAUGAUCGCUGGUUGUACAAUGUGACGAAUGUCUCCCAAUCCAUGGGGAACCCGCACGCUUUGGUGUUUUGGAGUUCUGGAAAUACUGCAAGAUUGGUAGAGACAUUGUCUGAUGAAGUGGUAAAGAGGAAAUAUCAUGAACUGCUGCAAAGGUUCAUAGCUCCCCACAUCAACAGGACCGUCCCAGAACCUAUUGCUAUGUUGAGAACACAUUGGGCCAGUAAUCCAUUCACACGAGGCACAUACUCGUACGACAAUCUCCUGACUCCCCAGUACCCCACGGCCAGGUCGGACCUGGCUGAACCGCUGACGGACUCCUCCGGAAACCCAAGAGUCCUGUUUGCUGGAGAGGCCACCAACCCUACUCACUACUCGACCGUGCACGGCGCUAGUGAAACGGGGUACAGGGAGGCGGCAAGGCUUUUAGAAAAUAAACAAAGUAUAUAAUAAGUUUUAA